AAAGCCGGAAGUUCUCUCCUGUCCUGCCUAGGUUCGUGGCUCAGCUCUGCUGCUCAGAUGACAGGCGGAGGUUGGUGUGGGGGUUUUUGCGGGGCGUCCGCGGGUGUCCGGGCUUCGCUGCGAGCUCCUCUUCGUGGGUGCGUGCUCUGCGAGUGUGCGUCCUCCCCGUGGGGUGUCGCUGACUGGAAAGGAGCCCAGAGCAGGAGGAAGGAAUGACCUCUCAUCUCCUGUCAGACAGAGACCAGUUAUUUGUUACAAGGCAGAGCUUUUAUUCAGGGAGAAGAAAGUUAUGGAUUUUGAGAGGAGAGCUGGGAUGGUGAUACCAAAAGAAAUUUCUUCCUUGUAAUAGUACUAACCAUAAUAGCAAGAGGAAUCAAUAACAUUCAAGGAUGUGGCUGUGGACUUUACUGAAGAAGAAUGGAGGGAGCUGGACCCAGCACAGAGGGACCUAUACAGGGAUGUGAUGCUGGAGAACUAUAAGAACCUGGUUUCCUUGCGAUUGUCAGUUUUUAAACCCCAUGUGAUAUCCCAGCUGGAGCAAGGGGAAGAACCCUGGAAAUCAGAGACAGAAGUCCCUCAAGUGGUUUGUCCAGAUUCCAUUACUCCGAAGAUAAGAUGGGAAAACUUGGACUGUAUUCCUUAUUGGGUCAUUUCUCUGGGAGAGUCAUCUAAGAAGAUAAUCACCAAGAAUGAUCCUUUUUCUUCUAAAUUGGAAGGAGCAUGGAAAUGUCAUGUCAGGACAGAGAAGCAAGUACAAUGUAAGGAAGUAACAAGAAUUCAGAGAAAAACUCAUGAUGAGUUAAAGGGUCAUGAAUGUGAUACAUUUGAGAGGUUUACUCUAGUAUCACUCAUUGUUCCACCAAAGAAAUUUCCUACAGGAAAACUUCUCCAGAAAUAUGAUACACUUGAUAAGACCUUCAAAGAGUUUUCAGAUAUAAAUAAAGAUAAUAGAAUUUCUUCUAUUUCUAACUAUAUUAAAUGCAGGAAGCCCUUCACUUACCACUCAGAUCUUAUUCAGAUUCAUAGAGCACAUACUGCAAAGAAAUCAUAUGAAUGUAAUGAAUGUGGGAAAUCCUUCACCAACAACUCAUUCCUUAGAAACCAUCUGAGAAUCCAUAGGAGACUGAAACCCAAUAAGUGUAAUGAAUGUGGAAAAACAUUCAAGCACAGGUGUUCACUUACUCAACAUCUGAGAAUUCAUACUGGAGAAAAGCCUUAUGAUUGUACUGAUGCACUAUUUGUGCAUCAAAGAAUUCACGCAGGAGAAAAACCAUAUAAAUGUACUGACUGUGGGAAAGCCUUUGCCCUUUGUGCCACACUUACUGAGCAUCAGAGAAUUCAUACUGGAGAGAAGCCUUUUAAAUGUACUGAAUGUGGGAAAACAUUUAGCCAUAGGUCAUCAUUUCGUAUACAUCAGAAAAGGCAUGCUGGAGAAAAACCAUACAAAUGUACUGAAUGUGGGAAAGCCUUUGUCCAGAAGGGAAGGUUUAUUGAACAUCAGAUUAUUCAUACUGCAGAAAAACCUUUCAAAUGUAAUGAAUGUGGGAAAACUUUUAGACGGAGGGGCUAUCUUACUGACCAUCAGAGAAUUCAUAGGGGAGAGAAGAUUUUUAAAUGUGCUGAAUGUGGGAAAUCUUUCAGCCUGAGGUCAUCCCUUAUUAUGCAUAGGAAGAUUCAUACUGGGGAAAAACCAUACAAAUGUAAUGACUGUGGGAAAGCUUUUAUCUACAAAGGAACACUUAAUGAACAUCAGAGAAUUCAUAGUGGAGAGAAGCCUUUUAAAUGUACUGAAUGUGGGAAAACAUUCAACCGUAGGUCAUCCUUUCGUAUACAUCAGAAAAGGCAUGCUGGAGAAAAACCAUACAAAUGUACUGAGCGUGGGAAAGCCUUUGCUCACCAGGAAACAUUUACUGAGCAUCAGAGUAGUCAUACUACAGAGAAACCUUACAAAUGUCAUGAAUGUGGGGAAACUUUUAGACAGAAGGGCUAUCUUACUGACCAUCAGAAAAUUCAUAAUGGAAAGAUUUUUAAACGUACUGAAUAUGGGAAAUCUUUCAACCUGAGGCCAUCACUUACUGUUCAUAGGAAGAUUCAUACUGGAGAAAAACCAUACAAAUGUACUGAGUGUGGGAAAGCCUUUAUCUACAAGGGAGCACUUAAUGGACAUCAGAGAAUUCAUAGUGGAGAGAAGCUUUUUAAAUGUCCUGAAUGUGGAAAAGCCUUUACCAGCCGGGGAAUACUUAGCAACCACCAGAGAAUUCAUAUUAGAGGGAAACUCUUUAUUUGUAAUGAAUGUGGUAAAAGCUUUACCAGGAAGUUCAGUCUUAAUAAACAUAAGAGAAUUCAUAUGAGAAAGAAGGCUAAUGAACAUCCUAAAUGUGGGGAAACAUUCCGCUAUAAGAAAUUACUUACUCUACAUGAGAGAAAUGAUGCUGAUGAAAAUGAUUUAGAAUGUAAGGAGUGUGGCAAAAUCUUCAAGCAGAGGAGCUACCUUAAUGUUCAUCAGGUCAUUCAUACUGGAGAGAAACCUUUUGAAUGUAUUCAUUGUAAGAAAACUUUCAGCCAUAAGGCAGCUUUUAGUCGGCAUAAAAAAAUUCAUACUGGAGAGAAAUCUUUUAAAUGUACACGAUGUGAGAAAGCUUUCAGUCUAAGUUCAUCUCUUAUUCGACAUCAGACAAUUCAUACUGGAGAGAAGCCUUUUGAAUGUACUCAGUGUGGGAAAGCCUUUGCCCUCAAGAGAUACCUUGUUGUACAUCAGAGAAUUCAUACUGGAGAGAAACCUUUUAAAUGUAUGCAGUGUGGGAAAGCUUUCUGCCACCGUUCAAAUCUUGUUAUACAUGAAGGAAUCCAUACUGGAGAGAAACCUUUUAAAUGUAGUGAUUGUGGAAAAACAUUCCGCCAAAGUAGGUCUCUUACUAUUCAUCAGAGAAUUCAUACUGGAGAGAAGCCUUUUGAAUGUGCUCAGUGUGGGAAAGCAUAUACCCUUAGAGGAAAACUUACUGUACAUCAGAAAAUUCAUACUACAUAGAAACCCUUUAUCUGUCACGAAUGUGGGAAUGCCUUCAGCAAUACCUCAAUUAAUACAUUAGAGACAUGAAAAUUUAUACUGGAAAGAAACCCUUCAAAUGUACUGAAUAUGGAAAGCCUUCAACCAAACAAGAGAAAUUAACACCAUAAAUUUCAUAUAAUAGAGAAAGCUUUUGUGUGUCCUGAACGUAGGAAAGCUUUCAAUCAUAGGAUGUACUUUGCUCUACAUGAGAGGAUUCAUCCUGCAGCAAAACCAUUUAAGUGUAAUGAACAUGGUAAAAACCUUUAGGUGGGGCAACAUCAUACUCUAAAGCAGAGAGCUCACAUUGCAAAGGGCCCAUAUAAAUGUAAUGAAUGUGGCAAAUCUUUCAGCAACAGCCCAAUCCUUAGGAAAUACCAGAGAAUUCACAAAGGGGUACCCUGUAAUUGUAAUUAAUUAGGGGAAAGCCUUCCCUUAGUCAUGUCUCAGUCCUUGGGAAGCAUCAGAAAAUUCUGAAUUGACAGAAUCCCUCCAAAAUGAAUGUGGAAAAGCCUUCAACUGGAGGGCCAUCUUAUUUCUUUGCUCUUUCUAGGUGGGCUGUCAUACAUCCAGAUGUCAAAGAUUGUUUUGUUUUACCUUCCACUGCUCUGUACCCGAAUAUCCACCAUGUUUGUCCUUCUACUAUGUGAAUAACCAGUAUUUCUAUGUGAUCCCUCCUUUUGCUGAUUUUGACAGCCCCCAUUUCUCCAGGACAGGCAGUUUCUGAAGGGCUUGAUUGGUGUAAGGAGAACCUUCCCAAGCCUCCAAGGCACCUGCUCAUUAACCAACCUGGGCUGGGCCCUUUGCUUUUGUUUACCCUUUAAACAGAAGCCAGUUUGACCCAGGGGGAUGACUCUUGUGUCCUUGGUUUUCCUAAUCAAAAUGUGGGGUGACCUGGUCACCUAUAGCAAAGACAAUACAGGAGACAACCUGAUUGACAUGGCCUCUAUUUUUUAGUUAGGAUUAUUAGAGAAAAGUGGGUCACAUAAAGAACAUUCUUUCAGUUCCAGAGAAGUAUGUCAUCUGCCACAUCUCAAAGCCAUCCCAUUUCCCCUAGCUGCAAACUUAUCCUUUCACCUAGGGAUUGAUCCUGUCCUCAUUUCUCCCCUACCUUCUCCCCAAUGAAGAAGUAAUCAGGAGGAGCUGAGAACUGGUAACCCACCUCCUCAUUUAAAUGCCCACCAGUGAAUGCUCUGCCUUUGCCAGGGGAGGGCCAAAUGAUGUUUUGUUAAGUAUUUUUUCAAUCAUUUCUGACUCAUGACUCCAUUUCUGGUUUUCCUGGGAAAGAUGCUGGAGUGGUUUUACCAUUGCCUUCUCUAGCUUAUUUUUACAGAUGAGGAAACUGAGACAAAAAGGAUUAAGUGACUUUGCCAGGGUCAUCUAUCUAGUGUCUGAGACUAUACAUCAGAAGAUGUUUUCCUGACUCUAGGCCCAACACUCUAUCCACCACACCACCUAGCUCCCCAAAUGAUGUAGUGUCAGGCCAGUGAGAAGGAAGACACAUGUAGGUUCAAAAGGUCCUGUGUACCCUCACUUUGGGUCUUUGGUUAUUGAGAGUAGCCACUGACCCAAUAUACUGAUUACUGUUAGCCUAACUAAAAAGUUGUUCACUCCAGGGCUUUUGACACAAAUGGAGGAGGCUGAGUACCCCUUUAUUAAUAGGUUCAGGGCCUUAUUAAUAAAUGAUAUCUUGCUUGGAAAAUGUCCUUCAUUUAUCCUUAUGUGAAAUACAAUCUGGACAACUUCCUAAAUUUACAUACAUAAGCCUACCUUUUUAAUAUGUAGUACUAUCCUAGCAGCCCUUUGUUUCCUAUUUUCUUACUUAAAAAAAAAAAAGUAUAGCUUUACAUCCAAAGAUGUAUUCUACUCAUAUGUUUUAUACCAGGUACUAGGGAGUAAUUGGUAAAGUCAGGAGAGUACUUGAGUGAUGACUAAGGGCUAUGGCAAAUUUAAUGCUUCAGGUCAAGGUUACUAAGAAACCUCUUAGCCUCAGGUAAAAGUUUAUGGGAGACAGGUGUAAGUGUCUGGUAACAACCACAUAGAAACAGCGAAAAAGAAUCCAGAAGGUGUGCAAGGUAUCUUAAUAUUCUUUUUAGGGUACUUGAUCUUCCCUUAUAUAUCCUGGGUGCAGACAUUUUAAGUUCACUUUGUAUUACUAAUUUAUCAGUUUAAAAAUCUCUUGUUUAUGAAGUUUAGUUAUCUUAGAAGUACUAUAUUAAUUUCUUUCCAAUGCAUGCAUGGCAUGAAAUCCUCAACCUCUGUGCCUUAGGCUGAAGUGGAAUGUUCUACACAUUUUUUUUUUUUUUGGCUCUACACAUUUUCACACUGGUGCUGGAGAUAAAGACCCAGCCUAUAAUACUAUAUAGCAUGUAUUUUAAAAAGCCCAGUGUAUGUGUUUUCCUUUGUUAUAUCACUGUGUUAAUUGAAGGCAGACGUGUAAUGGCAGCUUGAACUCCUUGAAGAAUUUUUGGUAUAAUUUCUAAGGCUCUACUCUGUUGGGCAGUCUUGGGGCUGGUUGUCACCACAAAUGGGCUCAGGAUAGGGUCAUUCAUAGGUAGCUAGGAGCACCUUCUGGUAGCUAAAUAUGCUACUCAUUUCCUUACCCGGAUAAGUAAUGAAAUAGAUCUCAGGGGAAUGGCUUUUCUUUUCAUCAAUACUGAGGAAGGGAAAAAUAGCCAGUAGUGAGUUGUCAGUAUUGCUACUUAGUUGAUCUACUACUAUCACUGACCACCCUCUCUUAUACAUAUGAACUGUUUUAAUCCUUUAGCUUAGUUUUUUGCUCUUUUGAUUCAAUUUGGAAGCUAGGAGUCCAGCGUAUUUCUAACCCACUUUUGUGAGGUGAAUUUCUAGGUUGUCUGAAGCCAAAAAACAAAUGACCUUAAAUGCCAGUCAGAGGGGUUUGUAAUUGAUCCUCUAGGAAAUUGGCUUGAGUAGGAGAGUAAUAGGGUCAGAUCUGUGCUUUCAGAGCAGCAUGCUGACUGCUGUGUGGAGAAUGGAUAAGGAUGAAGAGAGAGUGUAUGUAGAGGGACCAAUUAGGUAAUUGGUAAUGUAGGACUGGAGAGCAAAAGAGGGACUAAGGUUAUAGGUCUAUUUCUCUGUCCAGAGGUGAUCAAUCAACCUAUGGUAACCGAGGCUUGCUCCACUGUAUAAACUUUUUCUUAAUUUUUCUAUGAGAUAAUUUACCCCAUUCUAUCCUUCUCUUUCCCUUUUACCUAGUGCAUUACUCAAUUGAAAUUGCUCUCUUCAAAGUUACUGCGGUUUAUCAUUUUCUUAUUGUAAAUUUAGCACUCUUGUUCAUAUGUGAACAUUUUAAUGUUUUUUCAAAUUACAUGUAAAAACAUUAACUUUUGUUUUUUAAGUUUGAUUUCCAAAUUUUCUCCCUCCCUCUUUCCCCUCCCCCUCCCUGAGAUAGCAAGCAAAUAGAUGUAAAUUAUACAUAUUCAGUCAUGCAGAGCAUUUCCAUAUUAGCCAUGUUGCAAAAGAAAAUAAAAACUAAGAACAAAGGUUUAAAAUAUAUGCUUUUGUCACAGGGAAACUGGAUCUGGAAUAUCCCUCUAUUAAAGAAUUAUUCACACACACAAUCCAAUCAAAGUUUAAGUAAAAGACUUUUUUUAUUUGGCACAAGGGAAUAUGGCCAGAAGAAGUCUAAACUUCAAUUCCUGAGGAGGAGCAGCUUUAUGGCAUGUUCCUCCAUCAGCCAGAGUAAAGACAAUGCUUUUAUAUUGGGGGAGACUUGAAACUGAAAAGUUACAGCUGUUGGGGAAUUGGGGGUGCUUGAAACAGUUGGGGGCCACAAGGUUAUCAUCACUACCCGGUCCUGGUCAUGUAACAAUAACAUCUGGGUUCCGAUUAGACUCCUGCUAUAAAUUUCAAGGCACCCAACACAUCUGCUGCAUUAUCUGUUUGACUAACCACCAUCUGGUUAAUUAACUACUUUGCUUUUCCAAUUAACCAUUUUGCUUUUCCAAGGGAAAAGUGCCCUCUAACUGACCCCAGCAAGUUGAGCAACCAUAUUAUAUCUCUUGGUUAGAGUGUCCUCCUCACAAUCAAAGUGUCCCCUAACUGGGCUCCUGCCUUUUAGGCUUCCACUACACUUUGAUUUGCAUUCUGACUCCAACAAUUCUUUCUCUGGAGGUAGAGAUAAUUUUUCAUUAUGACUUUUGGAAUUGUCUUGGGUCAUUUUAUUUCUAAGAAUAGCUAAGUCAUUCAAUCAUUCUUUAUUGUACAAUAUUGCUGUUACUGUAUACAGCGUUCCACUGGUUUUGUUCAGUUCAUCUUGCAUUAUUAGUUCAUGAAAGUUUUUCCAGGUUUUUCUGAAAGUAUCCUGCUUACCAUUUCUUAUAGUAAAAUAGUAUUCCAUCACAGUCAUAUACCACAACUUGU